AUGAUCAUUGACGAGGCUCAUAUCAUCAAGAACCGCAACACUCGCGCAUUUGCUGCCGCCGCUGCACUCGGUGGGCAAUUCGAAGGUUGUCUAGCCUUGACAGGCACGCCCCUGGACAACACAUGGGAGGACGAACAUGCCCUGCUGAGCCUGCUCAAAGGGCAUCCCAUCGCCGACUUCAAUAUCUUUCUGAAAUUCAAGCGGCUCAUGAUUAUGGCGAUGAAGAAAAAUAAGAAAUCGCAAGGUCGCAAGUCUCGUGGCAAGGCCUCUCGAGGCAAGAAGGAUGAUGGCACAGGUUGGCUGCACCUCAUCGAGGCCCAGCAGCACGCCUACCAUCCGAUGCUAGUGCAGCUAAAUCUGGCCCACACAGGUCUUACGGAAUCAAUGAGACAAGACGUGGGUGAUGCCAUUCCCGACGACAUGGACGACCAAGCUCUUGAGCAGGUUGCCGAGUGGUGUCGGCAGCUGGAGCAAGGAGACAACUCGCUGUCAUGA